AUGCUGCUGGGCAACCUCCUCCUCCUGGUGGCCACCAUCACUACAACCCGAGUGAAGGGACAGCAGGCAGACAGGCGUAGGCAGGUGUAUGGAAUCCAGCAUGACCAAUGCAGCUACACCAUCUUGCUGCCUGAGCUCCCGUCCUGCCCACCAAACUCCACAGCUUUGAAGGCAUCCAACAACACCCAGAACCAGCUACCCACCUUGCAUGCAGGGCUGUUAUCUGACCAACAAAUGGAACAGCUGAAGAAUGUGCUGAAGUACAGUACGCAGAGGCUGCAGAAGCUGGAGGAGGUCAUCCUGAUCAUCUUGAGACCAGACCUGCUGCAGGACCAGCAAAACACAACCCCCAUGCUCCAGAACCAGACCCAGAAGUGGACAAACAUGGAGGGUCAGCUGGAGGGGUACAUCCUGAUCAUCUUGAGACCAGACCUGCUGCGGGACCAGCAAAACACAACCCCCAUGCUGCAGAACCAGACCCAGGCGUGGACAAACAUGGAGGAUCAGGUCCUGAACCAGAAGUCAUGCAUGGAGAUCCAGAUGCUAGAGGUUUUCCUGACCAUUGCCAAGCUAGAGAAGCAGCUACAGGAGCAGAGUUAUGAGCUCAGCCAGCCGCAUGGCUGCAACAGUGACCUGGAGACUAAGUUGCUCACCCUGAAGGUACAGAAACAGGCCCAGCUUGCCAGUAUCCACAGCUUGAAAGCACCACUGCUGCAGCUGCUGAAACACCAGAACUGCACCCUGGCCAGCAUCCAGCACAACCUACAAGCUGAAAGCUACAACUCCAGCCUCCUACAGCAGAGGCAGCACCAGUUCCUGGAGAACCUGAAGCAGCUCAUGCACCUGACAGAGCAGAGCCAAGGUGCAGCUGAGCAGGUAUUCCAGGACUGUGAGGAGAUCCAUAGGUCUGGGGUCAAUGAGGACGGCGUCUACACCAUCCACAUACCCAAUCUCAACCAGACCAGGAGGGUGUUCUGUGUGAUGGACCCUGAGGGAGGCGCCUGGACCAUCAUCCAGCGCCGUGAGGAUGGCUCAGUGGAUUUCCAGAGGAACUGGGAGGAAUACAAGCAGGGCUUCGGCGACCCAGCAGGGGAGCACUGGCUGGGCAAUGAGGUGGUGCACCAGCUCACCAGCAGGGCAAUUCACUCUCUGCGUGUGGAGGUAGAAGACUGGGAAGGCAACACAUUCUAUGCCAACUUUGGGUAUUUCCAGCUGGACAGCGAGGAGCAGUUUUACAGGAUUUUUCUGGAUAAGCACAGUGGUGCAGCAUUGGGUUGGGGUCACCGGGUCCUACAGGAUGGCAACUUCAGCACCCAUGAUGCAGACCACGACAACUGCUCCUUCUGCAGCUGUGCAGAGAUUAUGUCUGGAGGAUGGUGGUUUGACAAGUGUGGCUCCUCCAACCUCAAUGGCAUCUACUACCCAACCAGCCAGCUCAGGAUCGAUGGCCUGCUCUGGCACCACUCUGUCCACAGGCCCAGCUACACCUUUCGCGCCUCCCGCAUGAUGAUGCGGACUGCACACAUGGUGAUGCAGCCCCAAGACAGCAGCUAGUGGUGCGCAGAGACUGUCAAGGUUGUCUAUGGGGACAGUGAGAUGCAUCUGCAUCGUACAGGCUGCGGAAAGUGAAGCAGAGCAUGCGUGUGACUCCUGUCAAAACACUAGAAUGUCAGUAGAUGAUGCAUCAGAGGAGAUUGGCUUUUCCAGUGUUUAAAACAUUAAAGUCUGUUGUCAUACAUG